AUGCUAGCCGAUCACUUACAAGCAGGAAAGCCACUUGAUGGGCAUGAUGAUGUCCCCGAAACUUUCCGCAGAUUGGUUCUUGAUGACGAACGUGACCGUCAGUCUCGAGAGGAAAACGAACGAGCGAAACGCAAGCGGAGACGUCCAGGUUCGGAGAAUCUGACCAUAAAUCCCCCGAACCCAGCUCAGCUUGCCCAUGAUGGUCGCACGAUUAUUCCAGCGAUGGUGUUCCCAACCACACCCCUCAUGGGCUUUGCGCAGCGCAGCGAAGACAAUAUUCGGGCGCAUACCACAUGGCUGAAACAUGGCGCGUCUGAUGAGCAGAAGGGACAUUACGAGUUUAUGCAGCAGCUGGCCCUGCGAAAUGGCUAUGACCUCGAUUACAUGCACAGUAAUAAAGAACGGGUAUGCGUCUUUUUUAUGGACGAAGGUGUGCCUGAGGGCUUUGCAUGGCGUUAUGUGUCUGGCGUUCCAUGGUUCAAGAAAGAACGGGAGAAAGCCGCAGGCAAUUAG